UGUCUGUAGAGAAUCUAGUGAGAGAUCACACAAAGGAAAAAAACACCAACAUUUUCUGCAACCACAGAUUGCUUCUCAACUACUCAAUAAAAACCUACGGAUGAUCCAACACCCACUCCACUCCAUUCCUCCUAAGCACGCCUCUCUCUCUCUCUCUCUCUCUCUCACACACACACACAAGCACACAGAGAUAGCUAGACAGGCAUAUAAAUUAUGAGGCAUACACUUACAUAGAUGAAGCAAGGCGAAUGAACUCAGAAACUGUAAAUUUGAAAGGGUCUUUUUUAUACCAGUUGUUCGAACAAAUGGAUUUGAAUUUAAACUCUGAUGGAAUCAAAAACCAGAAGGAGCAACAAAAAGAACAUCUUCAUGUGUUAGCUGUUGAUGAUAGUCAGAUUGAUAGAAAGCUUUUGGAGAGGCUCUUAACUGUUUCUUCAUACAAUGUAACUUUUGUGAAUUCUGGGGAUAAAGCGUUGGAAUACCUGGGUUUGCUAGAAAAUACAGAUAAUGAUUCAACAACUUGUUCUUCUUCCUCUUGUUGUACAUCUUCUACAGCUCAGGCAUCACAGCAGGAGGCCUUGAAAGUCAACUUGAUCAUGACGGAUUAUAGCAUGCCAGGGAUGAGCGGUUAUGAUUUGCUCAAAAGGGUCAAGGAAUCUUCAUGGAAAGACGUACCAGUGGUGGUCAUGUCGUCAGAGAAUGUACCCUCCAGAAUCAACAUGUGUUUGGAAGGAGGAGCAGAAGUGUUCCUGUUGAAACCUGUUAAACUAUCAGAUCUAAGGAAGCUUCAAUCUCACCUGAUGAAUUCCAUUAUCGAUGACAGCUUCGUCGAUGACAAUUGCAGCAAUAAAAACAUUGACAACGAUAACAACAAUGAUAAGAACAACAAUAACACUAACAAAAGGAAGGCAAUCUCCCCAGAGUGCUCAGAGAGAAGACCCAAGUUGAAAGAAGUAGCUGUGUUAUAAUAUUUUGGAGGUUUUCCGUAUAAAAUAUGCUUGGUUUGCCAUCAUCUUUGUAUUGACUGUUGUUUUAUGGACUUUAUAACACAAUGACAUCUUAUAGCAAAACUUCCUCUCUAAAUAGAUC